AUGGCUGGGCCUAUCAUUAGACAUACAAAUCAAUACCCCGAUGCAUACUGGGACGUAAGCUACUACGUUCCUCCCCAUCAAUACACUCCUGCCGAGAUUGAACAGUACUUAAUCAGCCCCAGACCCCAAUUCCCACCUCACGAGCCACCAAGACCAGUUCGUGAAUUCUUAAUCGUAUCAAAUUUGGAUGAUUGGUUUGAAGACAUCCUUGAUGAAGCAGAGGAGGAAAUUAUCAUCGAAGCUAUUGCUGAUCCCAUCGCCCACCGGGAUAUUGUUACGGCAUUUUUCAAUGCCACAAACAUAGAAUAUCAAAAAAAGAAGACAUCAUGGAUAAGGAGGGGCGUUAACUUCUUUAGGAGGGCAAUGGCCCCCUUAAGAAGACUUUGAAUGAAAAAAGGAGGCACAAAUCAAGCACAGAAUGAUGGCUCGAGGCGUAAGUCAACUACAUGUAACUGUAAGGUCAACCACAUGUAACUGUUAUAGGUCAGCUACAUAUGUAACUGACAUAGCUCACCUCCAUGUACGUGUAAGUGUACGUCAAGUUAACUUCAUGUCACUGUAAAGUCAACUUCAUGUAACUGUAAAGUCAACUACAUGUAACUGUAAAGUCAAUUACAUGUAACUGUAAAGUCAACUACAUGUAACCUUUAGGUCGACUACAUGUAUACAUGUAUAACUGUUUGGUCGUUAAGCGCGCAGACCAGGAGAAAUGUUCACAUGUAAAAAUUUUACGUAUGUACAUGUACUUUACACAUGUAACGUUAGAAUCCUAUCUUUGUUAUUGAUGUUAUGAUAAUUAUUUUCAAAAUACAUGAUUUUCAAGAUUUAUCAUUAUCAAUGUAUUUUAAUUUCAGAUACCAUCAUUGUAUUUAUAUAGCUAGAAUUGUUUCGGUAAUACUUUGAUUUUGUUUUGUGGGUAUUUUCAUGAACAUGAUAUAUACAUAUAUUUUUUUCCUAAGUGGCGUAGGAUAAUAGCUGGUUAUUGCAGGAUUUAAACCAGAUCGUGCAUCCAAAUUUUUUCAGACAGGAAGUUACAGACCUGCAGCUUUAAAUAAAGGAUAUUC